AUGGGAAUCACCUGGAGAGCAGAAAGCAGGGAUGAGUCCUCCCAGUCCUCCCAGUCUUCCCAGUCUUCCCAGUCCUCCCAGUCCUCCCAGGAGUUUCUGUCCCAGUUUACCCAGGUGAAUUCUCCAAACAGCGGAGACCGUAAACACCGAGACGCCAGCGCCGUGCUGCCCUUCAUCGGCCUCACCAGCAGUGCUGAUCAGAGCCGCAGCUGCUGUAAAAACGGAGGAACUUGCAUCCUGGGCAGCUUCUGCGCCUGCCCUCCUUUCUUCACCGGGAGGAGUUGCGAGUACGACACCCGCCUCAGACGAUGUGACGUUGUUCCUCACGGUGAGUGGGUCCAGAAAGGCUGCUCCUACUGCCGCUGUUUCUACGGCGUCUUGCAUUGCUUCCCUCACGUUUUCCACGAAGACUGUGAUGACUCGGAUGAGGCGGUUCGUUGGUAUCAUUCGUCGGCGCUCAGGUUGACGCCUCUCAGCCGUUUCCUGUGUCUGCUGCUGCUACUUCCUGCGCUCCUCGUCUUCUGAUGUCACCAGAUUUUAUUCUCUAAUCGGCUCCAAACCGACAUGUGAAUAAUAAGAUUGAUGAUUCUGCAGUAUUUAUUUUAAUGAGAAAAAACCUGAUGUGCUUUUAUGAAGCUGACUGGACAGAGAAAAGUUCUUCCAAAAUAAAACCUGUUUGUCUAUAAGAUCUAAAUGUAUGGAAGAAGAUUAGUACCUCUACAAAAAAAUCUGAU